AUGGAAGGGAUGAAUGAGACCGAAGCAAAUAACACGACGGUAACGGUGAUCCCCAUUUCGCCAAGGAUGAGAAGUUUGUUUGAUAUCAAUUACAAUCCGGGCGUAAUUUACGUCCUCGUCAUCACGUUGCUGAGUAUUGCUGGAAUCGCAGGGAAUUCUGCGAUUAUAUAUGUGAUGAAAAAGGAACCGCAGGUGAAAGGACACGUGAGAAUUCUAAUGAGCAACAUGGCCCUAGCCGACCUGUGUGUAACAGGAAUUGCCAACCCCAUGUGCAUCAUUGCGCAAGCCACAGUAAGUUUUAAUUUCAACGAUGCUGAAGCUAACAUUCUGUUUGAUGAAGGUGCCCAAAGAUCAUUUAUAACCAAAGAGCUGGCCGAGAAAUUGAACAUCGUCCCUGAUUCAACAGAAGAAAUGAGCAUAUCUUCGUUUCGAAGCACAGCGAACCAAGUACAGCACAUAGAGAGCGCUACCAUCUACCUACCCGCAGAGGAAAACGGCUGUAAUUUUGAGAUUUCUCUAUUAAUCCGAGCAGACCAUUACUGGAAUGUGGUAGAAGAUGACGUUAUACGCGGAGACGGGCCUACAGCAGUAAAGUCAAAGAUCGGAUAUCUACUUUCUGGCUCCUUACACAGCAUUUAUCCCAAUAGAACAAUGAAAACUGUCCUAAAUGUCAUGAUGCCACAGUCCCACAAAUCUGAAGAAAUGGCGCUUGAACGGUUCUGGAAUUUAGAGAGUAUUGGAAUCAACGCAGCCGAGAAAAAUGAAACAGCCAUAGAAUAUCUUCAAAAUUACCAAAACAACUUCAUAUCGUUUUCCGAUGGCAAGUACUGUGCAAAAUUACCAUGGAAACAGUAUCACCCAUCGUUACCAAGCAACUACGGUGUCGCGAUGAGAAGGACUGAAGCCACUAUCAAGCGUCUUAGUGAAGACCCCUUCAUCUUACAGAAGUACGGACAGAUUAUAGCAGAGCAAGAGAGACGAGGCUUUAUAGAGAAGGUCGCAGACGAUUCCCAACCGUCCCAGCAAGUCCAUUAUAUACCCCACCAUGGCGUCAAGAAAGAUUCCCUCACUACACCCAUCCGAUUGGUGUACGACUGCAGCUGUCGACAAGCACGUGAAUCCCCGAGCCUAAACGACUGCCUCGAAUCUACCCCACCUAUCGUUAAUGACUUGACAGCUAUACUCCUGAGAUUUCGGACACACCAGUAUGCCGUAGACACAGAUAUAGAAAAGGCGUUUUUGAACGUGAGAUUACACGAAAACGACCGAGAUUCAACGAGAUUCUUCUGGCUAAGUAACCCCCAACGACCCUGA